UGUAGUGCUGAUGUAUUGAGGCGUGCCGCUGCUCUGUGCAUGUGAUAGCGAGAGGAGGCUUUGCUCUAAAAAGCGCUCACAGCGCCGCAGCGGCAUCACUUGUGAGUCCUGCAGAGCUGGGAAAGCUUAUUCAGCGACCCACGGGAUAUUUCUUGCCGCUGAAAACGUGACACAGGAGAGGAGAGGCAAACAGGAGAGGAGCACAGGAGUGGAACAUGGGAGCGACGUUAUCAGCGGAGCGGGACAGCAAAUGUGAGGAAGAUGAGGAGCAGCAUUCAGGACAGGAUGAGGUACCAGAGAACAGCGCUGAAGACAAGUUGCUACAGAAAAAUGGGCAAAUCUCAAGCCAGAAUGGAAAAACAGAAAACCAGACUGAUGAGAUGAAUAGUCAGUCUGAGGAGAGGGACCUUGUAGAUGUGGGAUCUGGAUUUGUGACACUGGAAGAAGAUGCUUCAGAUACAACUGACAGUAUUCAAGAAGGAGAUGUCUCUCAAACAAGCACUGACAACAUUAGCAAGCAAAUUAAUAAUACAGAUGACAUAAUAGCAAAAGAGGAAAAUGAGGCCAACAACAAAGUAAAUGACACUGAAAUUGGCUUCAAAAAAAUCUUCAGAUUUGCUGGAUUUAAAUUCACUCUAAAAAAAGACAAGAUUGAGAAAGUUGAUGCAGAUGAACCAAUCGAGAAGGACAAAAAUGCUGCAGGCCCAUCAGAGGACUCUUGGGACACUAUAGAUGUGAAUCCUGUCACCUCAAAUGAGCAGGAUGCAGAAGAGAUAAAGAAUGAAAGAAUGGAAGGUGAUGCAAGUGCUGAGUCUCCUGAGACACACAAUGAAAUGGCAGUGGGUAAAAUUUCAGAAUUUACUGAACACAGGGAAGAAGCCACUCCUGAUAAACGACUGAUGGAAGAUGUUCCCCAAAGCCCUGAACCUGAGGAACCCAUGUCCCCAAUUAAGCGAUUUUUCUCACAAGGAAUUUUGGCUAGUUUGAAAAAGAAGAAAAAAGAGGAAGAGAGGCCAAAAGAGAAUGAAGAAGAACUCAAAAGUUUGGACAAAGUGGUUGAAAAAGAAACUACAAAAGAAGACAAUACAUGUACAUGCCUCGAUGUCUCUAAUGGUACAUUUAAGGAAUAUAAAGAUAUACAGCUGUAUAAGAAAGAUGAGAGCAAACCUGCAGCUGAAGGAGACGUAAUGAAUUCCUUAGAACAAGAUAAAGUGCAAGCAAGUCCAUUCAAGAGGCUUUUUAGGAAACUUUCCACAAGAAGACAUACUGAAACAAAACCUGGUGACACAAAUGUACUUGAGCCUGCAGAAAAUAUCAGUGAAAAUCCUCAAUUAUCCACAGAAUUAAUUAAGUCCCAGAAGGAGCAAGAAACAAAAGUGGUUGAAACACAGCCUGCUGAUGAGACAAUGGACAUGAGCAAUGAAGAGUCAAAAAAAAAGUCAGACUCAACUGUUUCCUGGGAAAACCUGAUAUGUGUCAGGUCUGCCAAGACAAGGGUCAGGAAAACAUCUGACUCUGAGGAUGAAACACAAGAUAAAGGAGAGGUGCCCAGAAGAACAACCGAAUCACCACUUGAAAGUUCUACUGAUGGUGAUCAUCUUACAUCAUCCAAUGAACAAGGUGGAAGUCCUGUAGAAGAAGACAGCGGAUCCACAUGGAAGUCUUUUAAAAAGCUGGUAACUCCAAAGAGGAAGAGCAGAAUGGAAGAAAGUGGUUCAGUUGAACAGAUGCAGUCAGACACUGAGAUUACUAAAGAUGAAUCUUCAUGUUCCUUACGUAAACUUAUCUCAGGGCGUAAAAAAAUUAAACCUGAUGGGCAGCAAGAAAACAUAUCAUCUGAUGAAGGCAGUAAAGGCACAGGAACAGACAUUGAGGAUGAUGAAACACCAGAGGUUGUACCACUGUCUGAGUACGAAAUAGCUGAACCUGAAAUCUUGAACGUGAUGACUGAUGGAACAAUUGAAAGUAAAAAAGAGAAAGAGAUGCAACCCAUAAUUGAAGAGGACAAACCUGAACAAAUGCAGCUGUUAUAUAAUGUUAAGCCUUUAUGCUUUGAUGCUGGGCCAUCAGCUGUACCUAUUCCUACAGAGUAUAUUGAGGAAUUGACAGAAUUCUUAAGCAAACAUCAGCAACUCAGUGACAUUCCAGAGGAAGGAAUUAUUGAGGAAAGUGUUGCAACUCCACUAUCCUUUGUUGAGUGGACAACUCAAGAUGACACCUUAGCUGAUGAUAUAGUAGAUAUGACAGCUGAUGCAGUCACUGCUCCCGAACCUGCAUCUGAACACAAUGAGGAUGAAACUACUGAAAUGGUGUCAGCAGUUUCCCAACUAUCAGAGUCCCCCAAAACAUCAGGAAAUGUAACACCAAUAUCACCUUUAUACAAUAUGAGAGAAUCUGACACAAUCUUUCAGGAAGUUGUGGAAUCCUUUAGCAUGGUUCCAAGUGUUCUGUCCAUCACUACAAAAGACAAAGUCCCUGAGGCUCUGGCAGUGUCAGUCUCUCAGUUUAUUGUAGAGUCAACAACAACAACUGAAACAAAAGUAUUAGUAACCCAUAAAAAAGAGGAAGCUACAUCCAUCUGCAUAGGCAUUGUUUCUCAGGAAAUUAGAGCUGCUGAAGUUGUCCUUCCUUUGCCCUUAGUUGAAGGAAUAUCAGAAAUCACCCAUGCUGUACCAACAGACUUUGUCUCUGAGGAUUUGGCAGAAGAAUCUGAAGCAGCAGUAAUGGCAACUGACAAUGUCUAUGAAGCUGAAAUCAAAGAAAUCAAAACUAUUUUACAUGAAGUGCUUUUACUUCAUGAGCAAACUGCUGAAACUGCGAGAAAAUCAAAGCAACAAAUUAUAAUGGUUGAAAACAUUCAGGAAGAGGUUUCUCCGGUGGUACAGAUGGAAGAUGUGGAAGAUGAUUCAACAGAAUUAUUAAAUGGAAUUCUUGAAUUCACACCAGUUCAUGCUGCAAUGCACGGUGGAACUCAGCUUCUUGACGAGCAGAUUAUUACACAGAAUAUGAAUUCGCCUGAAACUGAGAGCCCACUACAGCCAGCUUUAGAAGAACUUGUAUUUGAACAGCUGACACAGAACACUAAAAUUCCUGUUGAAGUUGAAAAAGAGCGCAGAAUUCCAGAUGUUGAAUCAUUACCUGCUGAUGUUGAGCAACUCACUCUAGUUGCAAAAGCUGGCCCUGUAGCACACAAUGUUGUAGAACCAGUACCUGACAGCUCUUUAAAUGGAAUUUCAAAAAUCAUAGAGGAUGUUGUACAAGUCACUGAAGAAGCUAAGUCUGUAAUGCACAGUGAUGUAGUGUCAGAGUCAGACCCUGCUAUGAAUCAAGCCUCAGAAAUAAUAGAGGAUAUGACGGGAGUUCUUGUAUCAGAUGUGAAAUGUUCAGAGACUACAGCGCCAAUUAGCAAUGUUAUCCCCAUUUCAGAGUCUAUCAAGAUAGAAAUGGAUUUGGAGAAUGAAGUUCAAACAAAAAAUGACCUUUCAUCGCAUUUUGUAGAUAGUCCUACAAUCCAAGUUAAAGUGAACAAUACUGAGUUACAAACAGCAAAGAAAAAUGCACUUGGCACCACAUUAAAUGCAGCAGAUGUCUUUCAAAAUAUAGAGAUGACUGGAGAAGAAGAAAAAGCAAAACAAAAGAUAGAACCAACAUCUGCAGAAACCAUUGAGGCAUUUAUUGAUGAAAAUAUUGUUUACAACUUUGAAGUAGAGAACGUUUCAGAAAUCAUAGGUAAACCACCAAAAGAAAGAGAAGGUAAAGAAAGUGAAUUGAACACAUUUGUCAAGGAAAGUACCUUACCUGUAGCAACUACUGAUGAAGAAAAUGCAAUUAAAGAGCCAGAGGACAUGUCAAACGUUAUGCUGGGCCUAGAAAAAGAAGAUACAGAAACAGACACAAUUCUUGUAGAAGAUUACAUGAGAAAACAAACUGCAGGUGAUGAAAUAUACAUGCUCACACUUAAUACAACUGAAACAGGAGAGGAGACCAAGAAGCCACCUGUCGUCUCUGAGCAACCAGGAGUCUAUGAAGAAGUGGUAGAGGAUGGAAUCCAACCACCAACGACAGACAAUUCAAAGCCAGUUUCACAACCAACAUUUUCCAAACUGAUUGCAGAUAUACAAACUACAGCUGUAGCUCCAGGGUCUAGAGAUGAAGAUUCAGCAAAAACAGAGGCGGAUAAAAGACCAUGUGUGGAUGAAGAAUCUGACAAGUCUUUAGCAGAUGAGCAAGAACAUAAUGAAACAGCAAAGCCUGAAGUUAAUCCUGAAAUUACUACAAAACAAGAAACUGUAGAGAUAGUUAAGCCAUUCCCUGAAGUUCAGCCUCGACCUGACCCAGAUGAGCCACAAACAGAAAUUUUGCCCUCAAAACCAGAAAAGACUCAAACAACUGAGUCACCUCAUGAACCUUAUGAGGAAAAUAAUGAAGCAACUGAAGCUAUGGUUAAAAUGACUGAAACCAUUUCAGCAGUAUCAUUUAUAUAUGAAGAAGGAACAGGAGUGGAGUGUAAUAUAUCUGACCAAACAACAGCAACUCUACAGUGCUUUAAUGGAAUAGACAGUUCAUUAGAGGAGGUUAUAAGACCAUGUGUGGAUGAUCAAUCUGUGAUGUCUGACACACUUUUAGCAAAGAAGCAAGAAGAUGCUGAAACAGCAAAGCCUGAAGUUGAUACAGACAUCAUUACAGAACACCAAGAAGCUGUAGAGACAGUUAAGACAUUCACAAAAGUUGAGCCUCAACAUAAGACCGAACAGCCACAAAAAGAAAUUUUAUCCUUAAAAACAGAGUGUCAAGCAACUGAGUCAAGUCAUGAACCUUACAAGGAAGAUAAUCAAGUAACUGGUACUGCUGAAAUAACUGAAACCAUUUCAUCAGAUGUAUAUCAAGAAGAAACCAGAGUGAGAUGUAAAAUAUUUGACCAACUAGUAGAAACUGGACAGUGCUUUAAGGGUGUAGAUGGAGUACUAGUUAGUACAAUGGAGCAUGUAACUGAAAUACUUCCUAAAGAUGAAGCUGAAUCCCCAGAAGGUUUUGUCAUAUCUGAAACUGAAGAGUCUGAGCAUGUAAUGGAGGAAAUAAAAGCUAAUACUUACCAAGUAUCUGUUGAAGUUGUAAGUGAACAUGAAGCUGAAAUGACAGUGGGCUCUAAACAGAACAUUGUCUCUCCAGAUGUGACUGAACAAGAAGUAGUAUCUGAAAUAGACAUAGCAAAUGGAGCAGUUGCUGAAAAGAACAUAGUACUAACAGCAGCAUUGAAACUGAAGGAGGAAACAACCAUGAUCUUCUCUGAAGGACAAACAGUAGUCUCAUCUGAGCUGGUGGCAGAAUCACUGAUUGUGACUGAAAAUAUAACUAAGCCCGAGGUGCUGACACAAGUAAUAAAUGAAGUUAAAGCAGAGACACUGGAGGUGACAGAAUCAAAGGCAGAUAUAAUUGUAGUAUCAGAAGUUCAAGCAGAAACACCUGUAGUGGCCUCACUGGUAACAGAGCUUGAAGUAGAAAUACCAGUGGUCACAAAAACAGAAAGGUCUGUUAAUAUAGAAGCUGUUGCUCUGACAUCAGUAAUAAACGCAUUUCAGUCGGAUUUAAAACCAGUCAAUGAACCAGAGGUUUCUACAGGCACCACACUACGAGAAACUCCCAUUGUUGUCUCAGGAAUACAAACAGCAACAGACUUAUCUUUAGUACAAACAGCAGCACUUUCACCAAUAUUAAAGGAGGUAUCAGAAAAAGAGGAUGCAAAUGUCAACAGACCAGUUAUAGUUGAGGAGACAGAACCAAAAUUAGAAAUGCUUAUGGCAACAGAGGCAAUAUCACAGACAUCAGCAGUCCCUGCAAUGGAAGAAGAAACAUUCGAGACUUCAGCUCUUGAAACAGAAACCUUAGUAAGAACAUGUGUGGAAAAGAAUGUUGAAGCCCAAGGCUCUGUUGUGACAUCAGUAAAAGAAGACACAGAUAUGGGCUCCUUAGUUUUGAACACCACAGUCAGUGAAGCACAGCUAAAAACAGUGAUCCCUGUGGUACAAACGCUAGUGGAGCUAACAGCAACAGACGUCCCAGCAAUUCAAAAGCCAACUGAUGGCAAGUUCAGUGAACUGCUCCAGGAACAAGAAAUGUCCCUGGUGGCACAAGAAAUAAAGGAAACAAAACUUGAGGCACCAGAUGCAGUUGAUCUUAAUGCAUUAAAGAUAACUGUGGCAAAAGAAACAAGAGUAGAAGCACCAGGAGUGACCGAACCGAUCAUAAAAGGAGCAGUUCUGACAUCAGUGGUACCCGAGUUUGAAGUUACAUCAGUGAAGGAGGACAUGGGUUUAUCAGUAUUUACAUUAAUUGCUGAAGAACCAACAGUAGCUUCUUACAUACAGCUACCAAUAGCAUCAGUGGCCCCAGUGGUUCAAACACCAACAGUGGUUCCAUCAGAGGUCCAAAGACCAACUGUUGUCCCUGUGGUAGAAACACUGGCAGUUAGCAGUGCAGUAAAGGAAGUGGAAAUGCCAUUCGUUGGACCAGAAGUUAAGGAAAUACACUGUGAUGCACAAGUUGCAGUUAACAUUGAAGUUGAACAAUCACCACUGACUGAGAUUGAAGUAAAAGUAACAGAAAUAAUUGAACAGGUAACUCAGGAUGUAGAAAAUACAGCAAAUCCCAAAGAGGACUCUGAAGGCCCUGAAGAAGGAAGUGGAAGAUUAAAAGAGGUUUCUGUCCCCAUCCUGGAGAUGGUCGAAUCCCUACCAGGAGCAGAUGAUGAUGUAUGGGAGGAUGCUGUUGAUGAUAUUAUUGAUGAUCCCUGUUCCAGUACUAAAGCAAGUGGAGGUUUGCAAGACACAGCCAUGUGCUAUGGUGACAAGUGAAGCUUGUAAGUGGUCAAACUAUACACAGUUUAAGUAUAGGUUCUGAGUAGUAAAAGACAAAAGUUCUGAGUAGUAAAACACAAACAUUAAUAACUUUUAAAAGCUUUAUUUGGAUAAUACAAUACCAGAUGUUUUUAUUAUAGGUUUGAAUGAAUGCCAUUGAAGAAGAAAGAGUCUUCUAAGAGUCUCUGGAACCAUCAAAGGCUGCGGGUUGUACCCCCAGCAUGAAUGUCUGACUAAGCCAAAAUGUAGUGAAAUGUUACAGAACAUGUGUAUAAGCAAUAAUGCAUUACAGAAAAGACAAAAACAGGUUGAAUUUAGCAAAGCCAUAAUGAUACAACUUAUUAUUUUUUCAAAAAUAUUUUGUCAAUAUUUUGUAUUUUAAUUUGUGCCUUUAGCUAUCCGACAUGUAAACACGCAACCUCAAUUUUAAAGGUAGAUCGAGUUUAAAGGUAGCUGUAUCAACACGAUACUGCAGCGGGACCAGUUUGUUGGCAUCAUGAAUACAUGGAAUAGCUAUUCCUCGCUUUAAAUUCACAUACUUUUAAAUCACUUUUAAAUAAAUAUAAUGCUGUCACCAAAGCUACAAAUACACAAUUAUAGUCUACCUAGCCUACAUAUUACCAGAGAUUUAGUAAACACUAGUUAAAGACCGCUUGAGACUAACAUUAAUGAUUAUUAAAUAUUUAAGAUAAUACAUAAUAAUUUUAUCUUUAAAUCUGUCAAUUAUUUUUUCUUUGCGAAAUCUGAACAUUUACCAACUACAUGCAAAAAAGUCUGCAUUUUCUCAAAAAAUAAUAAUUAUCUAAUUUCUCUAAAGUUAAGUCUCACUGCUCAAAAAUAUUAUAUAGUUUUAAUAUUAUUCCUUGUGAAUGAAUGUGCAUUUCUGAACAGUAUUAAGUUAAUCCAAGUAGUCUGUAUUUUUUAUAUCCGAAGGGGUUAAAGCACUUGAGGUAGUUCAAUUUAACAAUGAACUAUUAAUUUGCAAAAUAUUUAUGGAUUAACCCACAUUAUGUUUAUUUUAUUUAAAUAAAAUAAGCUUUAAGGAUCCAUGGUCUGUGAGUUCAUUAAUUGACAGUACAAGGGCAGUCUAUUAAAACAAUGAAAAAGCAUAUUCUUCUACAUACAGAGAAAUAAAUAAAAUAGAUUCAAAUUUCUUUAUAAACAAACAGGGAAAUCAAGAUCCAGUCAGAACAAAGCUUAAAACAUUUACACCAUUAUACAGAAUAUUGAAAGCACUACUUUAUAUCAACAUAUUUUUGAAAAAUAUGUAGCUCUUGUAUUAUAAUCAAUAAUUAAUAGUUUAACAUUAAAUUAUACUGUUUAUGAUCAGCAAAUACAUUGCCAUUGAAAUAAACCUGGUCAGUUCAAGUGAACUGAGUGGAAAUGGUCCCCACUCCGGUAUUUGGAACAGAUUCUGAAGUGACAUCUGAAGACGCCCAGUUGUAUAUCUGAGAGACUCAUAUGAAGACUUUAAAGAAAUAGACAAAGAAUAAAAUGGAUACAAUUUUGUCCCUUCACUUCGCUUAGUAUAACAA